AAGGGCGAUGGGGUUGAAGUUUUUUGAGAACGCGGGUGGAUUGAAAAUGUUCUUCUGUACAAAUUGUGACACAUAUUUGGCGGAUAAGGGACAUCUCGUUUCCACCAGUUUUACAGGAACCACCGGCCAGGCAUUUUUGUUCAAAAAUGUGACAAACGUCAAAUUCGGCGAGAGCGUCGUCCGCAACAUGCUCACCGGAGCACAUUUUGUUCGAGAUGUCUUCUGUCAAAGCUGCCGGGCACAGCUGGGAUGGAUGUACGAGUUGGCGCCGAAUGAUAAUGAAAAGUACAAAGAAGGAUCCGUGAUUCUGGAACGUAUGAACAUCACCGAACGAGAGGCUUUUUCGAAAAUUAGUCAAAUGAAUGGAAAUCUUCAACCGGAUGCUCUACGACGAGAAAUGGAAGAUGCAGAAGACCGUAAUCAUCAUGUGAUGCGACGACGCAUGUUUGAGGCAAUGAGAAUGGCCAAUUUUGAGGAUCGAGUACAUCCGAGAUUCCGAAGGCAAGGCGAACCCAACUAUUUCAAUCGAUUCGCCGACGGAGCAAUGCCAGCUGUCCGCUUUUCUGAUUUUGAACGGCUCCGCGAGCGAACUCUAAUGGCAGAGGACACGGCUGCGAUUAUCUGGGAAACACUUCAACGUUUCAAUUUGGCGAUCGUCGCAAGUAUACAAGGAAAUAACGAAUCGCUAUUGGAAAUGGGAUUUACUCGAGAACUCGGCCAUCAGUAUCCCGGAAUUCGACUGUUAAUGGAAGGGCACCCAUAUGAUGCAAAUCCUGGCACCGACCGCAUGCUUGCUGAAAUGUUUAAUCGGAUGACACGUGAAUUGGAACACGGCGCGCUGUUUGAAGCAGAAAUGUUCGACGAAGACGAUGAGCCCGACGAAGAGCACAACGAAGACCCCGACCAUGAAUUUUUCCCGCUACAAGACCUCGCGAUCCGUCAAAUAAUGGCAAAUCACAUGGGCGCCCCGGUUCCAGUGCUCCAAAUGGCUCCAGGAGUUGGUGUCCGCUUUCCACAGCUCCCUGCACAAUUUCAGCCGCAAUUCGGUGGCCGCGUACAGGCUCACUUAUUCCCUCAGCCAGGCUUUGUUCAAUUUGAAAAUUUGGAGCAUAUCAUUGGCGAGGAGCAUCACGCCGAGUAUCAACAGCUCCGUGAAGACUAUCGGCAAGCUCAUGUAGAUUUAAUUGGGCCUGAGCUUGAACAACGACGGCAAGAGAUUUUGGAUCGAAUGCGGGAGAUUUAUAAUAUGCGAAGACCUUAUCCAAAUGAUCCUGUACGAUUUGGAGCCUGAAAUCUGGGAAAAUUUUGUUUUUUCCCAGAUUUGUUGCACAAAAAUCUGAUUUUUUCGCUUUCAAAGUCUAAUUUAUGUAGAAAAAUGGGGAAAAAUCACGAAAUUAUUGAUUUUUCGAAUUUUUUGGCUAGUUUUUCAGCAUAAUUUCAGCGAUUUGCAGCAUUUUUAGUCGGAAAAUACCGUUUUUCAACUGAAAAAAACCAUUGAUUUUCAGCAUUUUUGGAUUAAUAAUAACAAUUUUUCGUUUUUAAAAUUAUAAAAAAUCGCAGUUUUCAACCAAAAACGACGAAUUUCGGUUUUUUUUUGAGCCAAAACUGCAUUUUUCAGGUGAAAAUGCAAAAAAAAAAAUUCGAUUUUUAGCUAUUUUUACUCGAAAAUCGCAAUUUUCCGAUUUUUUUUCUCAGAAGUUUUGAGAAAACCCCGAUUUUUUGGGAAAAAAUAUAUCCUUUUUUCAGAAUUUUCCGCUUUUUUUCCAGUAUUUCCCAAUUUUUCUGGUUUUUCAGAUUUUCUUCAAUUUUUUCCAGAUUUCUACACAUUUCCAGUAGUUUUUGAAAUAGAUUUUCUCCCGAUUUUUCUCGUUGCAAAUAUUGUGAUUUUCCAUAGCUUUUACCUGUAUUUUCCCCGUUUUUUCCAGGUUUCUCACAAUUUUUCUUCUUUUUCUGUUCUAUUUAUUUAUUGUAUCUAUUACCCCACAAAAAAAUGCCCAAUUUCUCAUAGUUUUCCGGUUUUUCCUUGGUCUGAAAUCGCGCUCUAUUGAUAAUAUUUCCAGAAAUUGUCAAUGGAGCGCGUUUUAUCCCCCCCCCCCCCCGUCAAUAUAUCUCAGAGCCCCCGUGAAUUAAUUUUGUAAAAAUAAUAAUAAAAUUAAUUUUU